AUGAGCCAAGAGAAUGAAAUCGAAGUUCUGGAAUUCAUACUGAUGGGUUUUUCUGAUCAUCCCAGAAUGGAACCAUUACUCUUUGUAAUAUUCACUCUUAUAUAUAUGGUAACCCUCUUCGGAAACUUUGGUAUCAUUGCCCUAGCUACAGCAGAUCCCCACUUACACACACCCAUGUAUUUUUUCCUCAGACAUCUGGCAUUUUUGAAUCUUUGCUACACUACAGCUGUGGUCCCCAAAAUGUUGUCCAACCUGAUAUCUGUUAAGAAAACCAUAUCCUACCUACUCUGCAUGGUGCAAAUGUACAUCUCCCUCUUUAUGGGAGCAGCAGAAUGUGUCCUCCUGGCAGUGAUGGCUUUGGAUCGCUAUGUAGCUGUGUGUCACCCCCUGCGCUACACCAUUAUAAUGAACCACCAUGUCUGUUUGAGGAUUGCAGCUGCAUCUUGGACAUUAAGUUUUCUCAUUUCCGUGGUUCCACUCAAAUUAAGCUUGCCUCCUCUUUGUGGACCCUAUGUCAUUAACCACAUUUUCUGUGAAGCGCCUGUUCUGCUACACAUGAUCUGCUCGGAUACCUCCUUGAACGAACUCUUGAUGUUACUGGGAGGUAUAGGCACUUUGAUGCUGCCCUUCCUCUUAGUUCUUGUGUCCUAUGGCCACAUCAUUGGUGCUGUCAUCAGAAUCCACAGUGCAGGUGGCAGACGCAAAGCCUUUUCCACUUGCUCUUCUCAUCUGACAGUGGUGACCAUUUAUUAUGGGACUGGCAUGUUUAUGUACAUGAGGCCCAAAUCAAGUUAUUCACCUGAGACAGACAGGCUGAUUUCUGUAUUUUAUGCUGUUAUCAAUCCCAUGCUAAAUCCCAUUAUAUACAGUUUCAGAAAUAAUGAAGUUAAGGCGUCCUUAAUGAGGGCCUUUGGAAGGAAUACAUUGGCCAAAGGUCUCAAGUAA